AUGGUUGCUUUUUCAGCUGUUGCAGUGGCAGCCCUGCUCGCACAGGCCUGGGCUAUGCCCGCGUCGCAGGUAGUGGGCUCACCUGCCAUUCCCACGGCGGCGUCCACUUCAUUCCCGGUCGCGGAGGCCCAAUUGGACCAACUCGCCCAGGUGGCCUACAACACCACCACCGACACGGUCUCUAGUGAUGCAGACAUUGAGAAGCGGGGACAAUGUUCGCUUCACAAUCUGCGCAUUCGUCGCGACUGGAGGACCUUCUCGGCCAAGCAGAAGAAGUCCUACAUCAAAUCGGUGGUCUGUCUGCAGCAGUUGCCGUCGCGCACACCCGCCGACAUCGCCCCUGGCGCGCGGACCCGUUACGAUGAUUUCGUCGCGACGCACAUCAACCAGACCCUGCAGAUUCACUACACGGGAACCUUCCUGGCGUGGCACAGAUACUUCAUCUGGAACUUUGAGCAAGCGUUGCGCAACGAGUGUGGCUACACCGGCGACUACCCGUACUGGAACUGGGGCGCGGAUGCGCAUGAUAUUGAGAAGUCUCAAGUCUUCGAUGGCAGCGACACCUCGAUGUCCGGUAACGGCGCCAAGGUCGAGACGACCGGUGACAUCCAGCUCACCCUGGGCGACUACCCCAUCAUUCACUUGCCCACCGGCACGGGCGGCGGGUGCGUGACCAGCGGUCCCUUCAAGGACUACAAGGUCAACCUGGGCCCCGCCGCGUUGAUGCUGCCCGGCGGCAACACCAGCGCUGCCGCCAACCCCCUGGCCUACAACCCGCGCUGUCUCAACCGUGACCUGACCACCGCAAUUCUCCACGACUACGCCAACUUCACCUCGACCGUGAACCUCAUCCUGAGCAACCAUGACAUCUGGGACUUCCAGAUGAACAUGCAGGGUGUUCCCGGCAGUGGCUCGAUCGGUGUGCACGGCGGCGGUCACUACUCGAUGGGUGGUGAUCCGGCCCGCGAUGUCUUCGUCAGUCCCGGUGACCCGGCCUUCUGGCACCACCACGGUAUGAUCGAUCGCACUUGGUGGAUCUGGCAGAACUUGGACUUGAAGAAGCGCGGCAACGCCAUCUCUGGCACGGGCACUUUCUUGAACCAGCCCGAGUCGGCCAACACUACUCUUGAUACGGUGAUUGACAUCGGCCAUGCUGGUGCUGGACCUAUGGCCAUGCGUGACCUUAUGAGUACGGUCUCUGGGCCUUUCUGCUACAUUUACCUGUGA